AUGGUGCCGGGGGGCCCCACGCUUAAAUGCGCGAUUCGAUCCGUGUGUUUGGCGCGAUGGCGCGCUGCCGAGGCGAGUUAUAAAAAUCGUGCCACGUGUGCGCGUGUUACAGGCCGUAGCGAGGACGACGCAGGUAUCGUGGAUACGGAGGUGGGCGGAGGUUGCGCGGGUGGAGCGCCAACCGCAGGAGGUGGAAGUGUUGCCGGCGAUGGAGGUGGCGGCGGCGGCAGCGGCGGGGCGCGCGGGGGGGUUGGUGGCGGCGGCGGCGGUGGUGGUGGUAGUGGCGGCGGCGACGGCGAGGGCGGAUCAUCCGCGAAGCAGCAGCAGCAGCAGGGUGGCGAAAGGUGCCCUCAGUGCGGCAUCCCCUGUCGGGACGUCCGUGUCCUGCAGCUUCACCUCGAGGACACGCACAAAACGUCCUGUACCAUCGACAAGCACGAUCUCAACGCCCAGUUCUCCCAAGUGUCCUGUAAGGUGUGUAGCAAGACCUUUGCCAACGUCUAUCGAUUGCAGAGGCACAUGAUUAGCCAUGACGAAAGUGCCGUUCUACGAAAGUUUAAAUGUCCUCAUUGCGAGAAGGCCUUCAAGUUCAAGCAUCACCUUAAGGAACACCUGCGCAUUCACAGCGGCGAGAAGCCAUUCCAAUGCAACAAUUGCGGCAAGCGUUUCUCUCAUUCUGGAUCGUAUUCGAGCCACAUGACGGCGAAGAAGUGCUUGAUAAUGAAUCUGAAAAAGUCGCGGCAGAACACCAUAAGCAAUGUCGAUCGGGGACAGAAGAAGGCGCAUCAGGCGUUAUCGGGACGACGUGACGUCGAUCUGUUGACGGCCAACAAUAAUACGUUUCUGCCGAUUCUGCCCAAGUUAUCGCCUUCGGAGUAUCAGGAGAUACAGAGGGAAGGAACAGGUAUUUAUGACAUGCCAACUCUGCUGCCUCACAUGGGAUUCGGAAAUUACUUCCUACAGUCUUCGAUAGGCAAACUGCUGAAUCAAUUGCAAUCUAAGCGUCCAUACGACAUUCCCGAGCAAUUUGAGACGCAUCGAGAAGUGAUGAGUCCAUCGACAGCGGACUCUGAGGGAACGGAGGGCACUGAGGGCAAGGAGUCUCCCGCGCCGGUAGAUCCGUUGCAGGGACUCGAUGCCGUUCGGCGAAUAUUAGAAACCGUAAACACCACAGUGACGAAGCAACUGCUUGAAGCGAACGUGCGGAAGCUAUCUACGUCUCCGGCCACGAUGAAACGGGAGUUCGAGGAGGAUUAUCAGGAUCAAGAUAGCGAAAUGUCUAGUGAAAUAACACACUAUCCAGACUGGGGCGCAGCGGACCAAUACGACUCACAAAGCGAAGGUUUAGCCGCGAAGCUUGAGAAUGUCAAUCAACCGACGUCGAGAUCAGCCAAGAGAAAAGCGGAAGAGAGUUCUGAGGUGGAUUCGGAAGAUGAAGAUGAGGGCAACCAGCCACAUAGCGACAACGGGUCGAGAAGGGUCAGAGCUAGAUCGCUCAUAGACGACGAACAGCUUGCUGUUCUGAAAGGUUAUUACGCCAUCAAUCCGCGACCUAAAAAGGAGGAAAUCAUCAUGAUCGCCAAUUAUAUCAAUUUUCCCACUCGUGUCGUACAGGUUUGGUUUCAAAAUUCUCGUGCCAGGGAUCGAAGAGAAUCGAAAAUGCCACCAGCUCUGGUACCGUUAGCACCCCCGGAAAAUCCGAUUAUUAUCGAACAGCCCUUGGAUUUGUCGAAGAAAGAAGCGCUUGUUAUAUCGGCAACCAAAGAAAGUGAUACAGCGAGUAGAAAUACUUCGUCUCCGUGUGAGCAGAAGAAUGAUAUUGCAGCCCCAACUGCCGACAACGAUGACCUCGAGGAUUCGCCUUUGGUCAUAGACGAAGAGACCGCUUCUGAUCCCAUUGAGACUAAACGUGCACCUUCCGGUGGAGAGGUAAUCACAAAGAAUCAAAAUCAAGCGAACGCGAAGGGCGAGAGCGAAGCUGCACCACAAUCAGAAAUAAUCCCUACAGCAACGGAGAACGAGCAAGGUCUAUAUUUCUGUGAUCGGUGUGAGAAAACAUUUUCCAAACACAGUUCCCUCACGAGACACAAGUAUGAACAUUCCGGGCAAAGGCCCUACAAAUGUGUGGAGUGUCCAAGAGCGUUCAAGCACAAGCAUCAUCUGACUGAACAUAAGCGGCUGCACAGCGGCGAAAAGCCCUUCCAGUGCACCAAGUGCCUCAAGCGCUUCUCUCACUCCGGCUCCUACAGCCAACACAUGAAUCAUCGUUAUUCGUACUGCAAGCCCUACAGAGAAUAGAAGUACUCCGUCUGUUCAUUCGAGGCUCGCUCGCUUACCUAGAUUAGACUUUUCGCCCAUAGACUUAUAUAGAUAGACUGUGCGCGCUUCCGUUGAAGGCAAGAAAUCAGAGUUAGUAAAAGAGGACAACAGAGAAUCGGAUGCUUUCCUUGUUCAGUUGGUGGGAAGAAGGAAAGAGGAGGAACAAUCAUCUUCUUUGCUCUUGGAAAGAGAUGCCCAUUUUCCUUUUUCUCUCUAACUCUCAUUUUAAUUACAUUACUAUUUACUUCAUUAUUCUAUUACUCAUAAUCUUUACUUUUCCAAUCAGUCUCAUGUAAAACUAACAUCUACAUAGAGUAAAGGUCAGGAUCGGCCGUGGAAUCCGCCGAUGAAUCGACUGUUCGAACAUGGAACCACUCUCAUUUUAUUAAUGUUUUAUUACGUCAUCUCUUCCUGGAGCAUUGUAUGACAGAGAGAGCAUGCGACUACGUAUAUCUCUGUCCUUCAAUGUUGUCAGAUGUUGUAGAAUGCACAGUCUGCUAGAUAACCAAAUCUAUCAAAAAUAGAUUUUGCAAUCUGCUACAAAUUUUGUCAUUGGAAUGUCAACAGAAACCGAGCAAAAUUUCUCUCUUCUUAUAAUCCCUGUUUUCUCCCAGAACUAAAUUAAAUGUAUCCCCAAUUCACCAUUUCUCUUUCGAAGUCCUCUAUCUUCUCCUGUCCAACCCACUUUCUCCUUCUCUCCCUUUCCCUUCUCUUUAAUUAUUUAUUUCCUUCCUGUUGAUUCAUGCUACCACUGAGUAAUGAUUGAAGUCAACCUUAUCUCCAUUUUCGCCGCUUUAUCACGCUAUAUGCUGCAGUAUUGUGCUCGAAUCUACUAGCAGACUACAGCAGAUAGGAUAACGGCAUACUCACAUAUUGCUUAUAUUCCACUUAAUAAUUACAUAAUGACUGAUUUUGCUCGGUGUUUGUUAUCAGAUUAUUUCGGCAGACUCUGCUGGCAAAACGUGAGCUUAAGGCGCACGUAGGUACGUUCUGCUCGGAUUUACUGACAAGUUACUAGCAUUUUGCUUCCCGGUGAUCUAUAUGUUUUCUUCUUACGUUUAGAAUUUUCCUCUUUUAUGUACGAGUCCUCCGAUAACCCCUUUUACGUGAGAAAACGCUAGAACGCCUUUAUACCCUCCUCUCGCGGUAUAAACUUUAAGGGACGCCGCGACGUUUCGUGAAGCUAUAAGUAUAAUAUAUACAAGAUAUAGUAUAUAUAUAUGUCUAAGAUGCUGCGCGACAUCACAUUAUAAAGCCAUGGCGUUAUUGCUCGUCGGUUCGUACUUCAAAAAAAGAAAAUAUGAAAACGGUUUAGACGAUGCAAAUCGGAAAAUUUAAAAAGUGAACGUUAGAUCUCGUCGCUAAUAGAAAUAAGAGAUGUAUCGUUCAAUUUUGUAUCGUCUGAACCGACUUUAGAGAUUUUACUAAUUUUAUUUUAGGGAUUUGAGGGAAAAAAAUGAAAACCGGUGAAUAUAUAUACAAACGAAGAAGAAAAUUACUCGCGGCAAGCGCGUCGACAAAUAAGCCAAAUGCAUGUAACGGUACCAAAAAGCAUAAUGCAAUAAUCUAUUAUAUAUAUAUAAUAUAAUAUACAUAAUAUUUUAGUAUUUUUAUUAACAAAAUAUUAUAUAUACCAUGACAAUAAUAAGGAAACUAAUUAAUGUACAAAUUUGUUAGCUACGUCCGUAUAAGGAGCGCGAUAUCCAUUCGCAAGAAACGAAAACAAUAAUAAUAUACAAGCUAGAUUCGACGAUCGAAACGAAUAGAAAGAAAAUGUUCUUAAACAUUUAAUCUCCGCGAAACGCUGUGUCGCGUAUCUUGACAAAUAAUUUCGAAAACUCAGGUUCCAAUUCGAUAAUUCGAAUAUAAGGAAUGGAGAUCGCGCAUAGUGUAUAACGAAUACUCGUUCUACGCGAGUGGAAAAAUGGAUAUAUUGAGUUUUAUCGAAUCAAAUAUGUCUGGGGUACAGCUGUUAAUUGAGCUUAACAUUAAGGAAUUUUGUCGAUUGUAAAGACGGAGAUUAGAAUCUCAUGUUCCACUUCCUUACAAUGAAUAACUUUACUCGAAGAAGAAAAGCAGGCUAUAUUAUUAUUAUUCUACAUUAUUAUAUGUAUAGAACGAAGGAAAAGGGAAGAAAAAGAGAGCGGAACGGGCGAGUUUGGAUUUAAGGGCCAUGCGGGUCGGUGAUCGAUGUCAUGCGAGAUCUUUUUUCGUUUUGCUAUUGUACUUACAAGUUAAUGACGCGUUAUUCCUACAACGUGACUGUUCGAGACGAUGAGAAAUACGUAGUACGUCGUGAAAUGCGUUACACAUUCCGCGAGGAUCUGUUUCUCAGGGCCUCAUUAUUAUUUUUUUUUUAUCACUUUCUUCCCCUCUUGCAACGAAUAGCACUGCGUGGCACCUUUCAUCAGAACCCUGACCUCGCUCUUGCCAGAUAGCAGAAAGCAAUCUCUCUCUCUCGAAACGCGCGACAUGUACGUUUCGCGUGGCAGAGAUUAAGUAAUUUGGAAACUAGGUUUCUCGAUGCGACAUGAAUGUAACACAAGAAAUCCGAAAGAACGUAUCCAAGAGACGUCGAAGGGAACCGCCCGAAAUGUUCGGCGGUUCCUUGCGCCUUUUACGUACGUUCACGUGGAAAGGUGCGGCGCGAAGAAACGCGGAACACGUGCACCGAAAACCUCGCAAUAAUCUCUUCACCGAAAUCCGAGGCCCGAAAAAUAACCGUAACACCUAAGUAUGAUAUUAAAUGCUUCCAACAUUGUACUAUUAAAAUUAUUAUAUUACGACGUUUAUAUGAUUUUAUUCGUUCGAACGCGUAGAGAAAUAAGGACGUAUAUUAUAUAUAUUAUAUAUAUACUCUACAGAUUGAUAAUACUCGAGAAUGUAUUUUAUAACAGUUUAUGCGUCUUUUUAUUUACACGAGUACUACAAGUGAUAAGUGAUAUUGUUAUCGA